UCCGACUGGAUACCCACCUUCAUUAUACCGUGCACUCAUAUGUGGUGUGACGAGAUCCGCUUGGAACUAUGUGACAUGCUUCCAUAACUCAUGAUCUUGUGAAGGUCCAGGCUACGACAUGAAGUGAACUCGCCGUGAACCUAUCACGAUGCAGGCCAGGCGCUCGGAACAUUGAAGGUCAGCACUCCGUCAAGGUACGUUGUAUUUCUACCCCAAUACCAGGAUCGAUUCUGCACCCACCCCAGUGUCUGAAAUGUCUCGUCUGCCCGCCAACUUUCUGCGCCACACAACUAUCAUCACUAGCCAGGUUAUUAUCCUGGCAUUUGGGUACGGAUUCCUCAGUGCGGUUCUCUAUUAUGAUUACCUCGCUCCAACUGAUGAAGUCGGCAACUUAUGGAUGCAAUACCCUGGAGAGCUGACGAUGGUCGUCACAUUGAUAGCAACUGUGCUUUCAGUCACCACCACUACUCUCUUUACGAUUUCAAUCAGGGAGGCACUAAGACAUCGGAUGUCGCGGCCCAUCUCUCUCGUUGAUCUAAGCGCUGGCGUCGCUUUGGCCAAGGGCUCUGCCAUUUUGAGACCCGAGUACUUGCGACUGACCACCCUGACGCUGUUCGUCUAUGGCGUGCUGAGACUCUUGACGGCUGGGUGGACCACCCUCUUGACACCGACCUACUUCCUAUGGCCAAAACAGAUGAAUGGAUCCGAACUUGAUAUAACUGGACGCGCAUUUUCCGACUUGCUCUACGAGGAAUUUCAAAAGCAGGGCCUCACUGCCAUCGAGGACAACGAGUUCGAGGUUCUCGACAUCGGUGGAAUGCUAAGUGGAUUUUGUGCUACAGGGAAUAGCUAUGGUCUUCUUGAGACAUUCAAUUUUAAUGGCGCAAAAUACAAUGUAUCCACUGAGGGGAUUGUGCCUAUCAUCGAGGAUUAUUCCGGCUCAAAUGGAGUUCCGUAUCCAAACGGUACUCGUCUCGGGUUUUCUGGUGGAAAUGUUACGUUCAACACACAAACCAUACCGGGAAAAUACACCAAUCUCUCUCCUCCUCAAGGCUUCAGCAGGAACUACUCAAUGUGGCAGCAGGGGCUAACAGCAAACAUCAGCUGCCGGGCCAUUGAUUUGAGUCAAACGCAGUAUGUUUUGGAGACGAACAACUCCAGCCUUAUCUACGCAAACUGGACUGCUUCGGACAACUCCAUUGCGGGCCUACGCUUAUGGGAUAUCGCUGCAAACUGUGGUACAAAUACGCCGAUCAGGCAGCAAUAUGUGACAAUGGUGGAUGCCAGUGGAAAUGCGAGCCUGUCAGGGAGCGGCUUUCUUCCAUCUGUCGUGUGCCUAGAACCUAGUAUGAACACAAGCUUCACGAUUUUGUCACAAGGAUUUGAUAAGUAUAAUUUCCUUCAAGCAAGCAUGUGUGAAGUGGUCCCAUUCUUGACAACAGUCCGUGUCAAUUAUUCCAACGACCUAAUUUCUUCCGCUCCCAUAUCACAAACCCCCUUUCAGUCAGAGAAUGCCAAUCUACUGUCAUUCAUCGCUGGAGUUGUCAAGUUUCAGGCGAUCAACUCGCAGGGGACUUCUGAGCAGUGCAAUCGGAGAUACCUUGUACUCUGUCUAUGCCUCGACAGCAAACACGACUAUGGACUCGGACUGAUCUCGAACAUCGGGUUUACCAAGAGCUUGAGCAGUACUGGAUUGGUGUUGUUGAGUUCUCUGCCACAUAUCUCCGCUCGGGGUUUAUGGUCGUGGGUAGCUUCCCCGAUAAUAUUAUACCAAACAACCUCUCUUCCCCGGUCAAUGGGACUAUGUACAUAUCGACGAUAGGUUGGACUACGCGGUCGCCGACAUGUUUUCUCGCUAUCCUUCCUAUCACCAUCAUCACCAUUCUCACCUUCGCCUGCGCUUUGUACAGCAUCGUGCAGACUUGGAAAGAUGAACGUAAUUAUUGGGCUACCUUCGAUGUGUCACAUACUCUUCAUCUCAUCAUGGCAUCCGCUGCUGGGCAUCUCCUAC